AUGCCAGAAACUGUACGCCCGGCCUUUGCGGGUCGCGAUCUUCCUCUCAUAUCCUACGGCCUCCCGUUCCCAGAAGCUGCCGCCCGCCAUCUCCGCGAGUCUUUCCAAGCUUCCCGCAUCUAUGUGAUAUGCUCGGGAACGUUGGGCCGGACAACAAAUGUUAUGAAUCGCCUGUCAGAUGCUUUGGGAUCAAACCUGGUGGGCCAUCGAAUUGGUAUGACAAGUCAUACAUUGUGGUCGGAAGUUUUGCAGAUUACCAAAGAUACUCGGACUCUUGAGGCCGAUGCGAUCUUGACUGUCGGAGCUGGUAGCCUGACUGAUGGAGCAAAAAUCAUUGCACUGGCCCUCGCAAACAACGUCAACACACCAGAAGAACUCGAAACCCUGGCAGAGGGUCCUAAGAAGCGAAAAAAUAUCACCCCGCCCACAGUACCCAUUGUUUCUGUUCCAACAUCCCUCUCUGCUGGCGAAUUUUCCAAUUUUGCCGGCGGAACAGAAGACAAUUUGAAACGAAAAUACAGUUUUCAGCCGCCGUCUCGCGGGCCCCAGCUAGUCAUCUUCGAUCCAGAUCUUGUUAAAUCUACCCCAAACUCAAUCUGGCUUAGUACUGGCGUGCGCGCAAUUGACCACUGCGUCGAGUCUCUUUGUGCUAUCAAAGGCACGACCAACGCUUCGGAUGAACUGGCUAAGCAUGCACUGAGCUUAUUGGUACCCGGUCUGUUACAUUGCAAGCAAAGUCGCGAGGACCGUGACGCCCAUUUGCAAUGCCAGCUCGGGUCUAUCGAUGCUAUGGCGGCUUGUACAAGCGGGUCCAUUGAACUAGGUGCCAGUCAUGGGAUAGGACAUCAGCUCGGUCCCCUGGGCGUUGGUCACGGCGAAACUAGCUGCAUCCUCCUUCCUGCCGUGUGCAAGUUCAAUGCGAAGUAUAAAGCCAACUGCGCGCAGCAAGAGAGUGUACGCCUCUCAUUGAUUGGAGACCCUGUCGUAUUGGAGCUUCUUCGCUCCCGAUCAGUGGACGUCGACUCCGCAGACCUGGGUGAUAUUUUGGAUAUCAUCAUUCGUGAAUUGGGAAUGCCUCGAUCUCUAGCUGAUGUCCAUGUGGGUCGGGAUCAACUGGACUCACUUGCAGCAAAUAGUCUGCAUGAUCGUUGGUGCAAGUCAAAUCCGAUUCCACUCAACGAUCAAUCUCAGGUAUUGGAGAUCUUGGAAAUGGUGGUCUAA